AUGGCUCAGGCGCCUAAUAUUCACAUGACAUUAAGGCGCAGUCGUGUAAGUGACGCUCUUGGCAUCUCACGACUCACACGACUGGGAAGUGUUAGACCAUGUAUUCCACCAACUACACUGUUUCCAUGGAAAACGGAAGCUGAAUUUGCCUGUUUAAUUGAACGAUCUGUUAUUUGUAUUACGGCGAUAUCUACGAUUACUGGAAAAGUAGCAGGAUUUAUUUGUUUAGAUGAUGUACCGCAAUUUUCUUCUAUUCCAUCGGAUUCAUGGGAACAAACAUUACAAUGUGGUGAUCGUAAGAGUUAUAAUGAUAGCCAUAGUAGUAAUAGUAGUGGUAAUAGUAAUAGUGAUAAUAAGGAUGAGAUUCAAAUUUCAACCUAUAAUACACUUUGGGUAAAAUCUGUUCUUGCCCCACCUUCCAGUGCAUUUCAGGUGGGAGUUCCUAAUCCAGAUGAUGAUGCGGAGAUUGAAAUGGAGAGAAAGUUACUUUUAUUUAUGUAUAAAGAGGAAGAUGUUUUACAGGAAUUAUUAGCUACAGCACUUAAUAAUUCUCCAUCUACGAAGCAUAUUUUAAUAGCUUUUCCAUCUGAUUGUUCUUAUCCACAAUUGGAGAGUUUUGGAAGGGAUUCUAUUCCUAUUACAAAUUGUUUAUUUAAAGGAUCUGCAUUACAUAUAAUAUCAUCAAAUGUAUUACCCCAAUUAAAUCUACGUUUGGGUAUUAUGGAAGAUUAUGAUGAUUUUGUUCCAGAAUUACUAGAAGGUAAUGGUCUUAUUACAGCUUUACCAGAUGAAUUCUAUCUAGAUGAAAUAUUAAAAGAUCAAGACCCUUUUCAUAAGGUUAUUAUAGCUGAAGAUGCUAUAACUCACCGUACGGUUGGUCUUAUGUGUUUAGAAGCAACUAUAGAAAAUCAACAAAUGGUAUUACGACAAUAUGCAACUGAGACUUUUGGUAAAUUUCGUCCUGUUUGGAAUAAUAAAAGAAGUGGAAAAGGUGUAAAUAUAUCAGAUACACCAAAUAUAGUAAAAAUUUACUUUUUUCAAAUGGAUCCUGAUUAUGCAUUAUGUGCUAUGCAAUUCAUACCAUUUAUUUUUCAACACUUUCCUUAUGUGGAAUUUGCAAUGAUUCAACUUCCCUAUGCGAUGGAAGAACCACCCUUUUUAAGACAGUUUGAAAAUGUUCCUUUACGAAAAUAUCAACCACGUAAUGCGAAAGGAGAUUUGAUACCUCCACCUGAGGGAUUAUGGAUUACAAGCCGAUAUACUUUAGAUUCUGUAAAGGUAGAAACAGUAAGUAAAACAGAAGAUGUGGAACGUAUUUCUUCCUUUCUUGAAGAACCAUUAAGUGAUUUUUCUCAACCUCAUAUCGCAGCUUUAUUAGAAGAUAUCUCUAUUGUAAGUAAUGUGGAUGGAGAGAAUAUAUCAGAAAAAGAUCCGGAAACAUUAAAAGCAUCGGCCUAUGCCCUUACUUCACGUACUCGUUAUGGGAAUGAUAGAAAUACUGUUCAUCUUGUUGGUGUGGCAUCUGUGAGACGAACUACAGUGGAUGAAAUGUAUUCUCUACGUGCUAAUUAUGAUCUUGAUGUUUUUGUAAAUUAUUACACAGAGAAACCACGAGAUUACAGUGCAACCGAUAUUACGCUAACCCCUGAAGAAGGAAGACGAAAAUUUUAUCGAUCGGAAAUGCCUGGUAUUUUAAUUCGUAGUUUCUAUGUAAAGGCGGUUUACCGUUGUCAUGUUCAAUUCUUUGUUCGUGAACUUUUACGAUAUACUGGAUGUGAAGUGGCACUUGUGUUGGGCGACAGUCAUGCCUCUCCAUUUGUGCCGCUAUUACGCCAAAUGUCAGCUGCUCCACCUCGACGAGUGCAGGAGAAAUUAAGACGUGUGAGUAUCACAAAUGGUAAUUCCAAUACGAGUAGUUAUGAUGUAUUUGAUGGAAAAGAUGUAGCGGCACUUGGUUGUCUUUUCUUGGUCACCCGUCGUUUACUUGGGGAUCGUAAGAAACUCAUUCAUACACGUGUGAUUGUCGUUGGGGCUGGAUCUACCGCAUUGGGAUUUAUUUACCGUCUUCUCUCUGUGCCGUAUGCGUGCUUUACCAACAUUGUGCUCAUCUCCACUGAUGGUAUUCCAUCCCACCCCAAUCAACAGCCGCACUUGUGGGCGGAAGAUCGAAUGGAAAUGUUGGAAAGAGAACAUAUGGGACUUGUGGUGGGAACUCCUAUUCGUGUGGUGCAGGGAUCUGUUGUGGAUGUGGAUCCAUCGCUGCGGUUUGUGAGUGUAGAUGAUGGCACGUAUGAACCCUACGAUUAUGUUAUUCUCACUACAGGUAGACAAUAUGUGGUUUCUCCUUCUAUUUGUCGAAUGCAACAACCAUCAUUACAGCAAUCACGUGGAUUCUCCGCAUUAGGAACCCUUGCACUCUCUGGAGAAUGUGCAGUGGAGAGACUACGACAACACUUACAUGAAUUGGAUCGUAAUCCACAAAAUAUAAGUAAUAUUAUUGUUUAUGGAUCUGGAAUAGAUGCUUUUGCCGUUGCGACAUCUAUUGUUAAUCUUGGAUUUUCACCACAACGUAUUGUUGUAGUGAGUCCUGAGGUAACAAAUCCUUUUCUUGAUAAGGAUGCUUUUGAUUGUAUAGAAAAAAUGUGGAAUUCACUUGGUACGAAUACAUUACGUGGUUAUCAUGUUACUCGCAUGGAAUACGAUGAUGAUGGGACUGCACUGACAACUGUGGUCAUUUCACCCGUACCAUCCCCUACGGAUGAUCACAGCAGUAACAAUAAUAACAGUAACAACAACAAUAAUAAUAAUAAUAAUAACAAUAAUAAUGUUGGUGGUGGUGGUGGUGGUGUUUCAAAUUCUGUUGAAUUAAGUUGCAGCCUUAUUGUAUGUUGUGAAGACAAGGAUAUUGAUAGUCAUGUACUUUCUACACUUAAUAGACGAUCUAUUGUAUUUGAUGGUCGAGUUAUUGUAGAAGCCAAUUACCGUACAACCGAUAAACGUGUAUACGCUGCUGGACCAGUGGCAAUGUUUACACGUCGUUAUGGUACAACACCGAGCUUUGAUGAUUUCAACGCACGUGAUGUUGGUAUGAGUUUAGCAGAAGUUAUGCUUGGAGUUCUUGGCUUUGAAGAGUUUAUUGAUCCCAAUCUUGAGGAAUUGGAUGACAAGGAUGAUAAAAUGCUUGCUGCUCAGAAUCUAUACACGAAAGUAUUAGAAGAGAAUGGAAGUCGAGGUCCAGAUCUACGAUCUACACAUAGCACUUUACCACCAAAUGAAUAUAAUGCUCGCGGUGUAGAGGCAUUACGACAGAAAUUGCCGGUGUAUAAAUCUCCUCUUGUGAGUCGUAUUCGUCUUCCUGGGGAUUACACUUUCUUUUGUUGUCGAUGUGUGGCCUUUGAUCCAAGUCAAUGUCUGCGAUUGUGUUAUUCCAGUAUUGUGGAUAAUAAACCAAUUGUGACAAGUCAAAUGGAACUUAAUCCCAUUCCUUUAUCCACAACAGAAGGAGAAAACGUUCAUUUACCAGAACAGGACCUUUUUGUUAUUUAUGUAAAUGAACAAACCCAUUAUAUUGAUGCCGUUGUGUAUUUUGGUAAUAGUCAACCGGAAAUUCAUCACUAUAUAUGUCUUGUUGGUAUGCCACAAUCUUUAUUGAAUCUUUUAUACCGUUAUAAUGAGGCACGUGUACAAAAUGAAAGUGAAAAGGAAAGUAAUGAAAAUCAAAAUACAACUUCUUCUUCAUCAUCAUCAAAAUCUUCUUCUUCAGGUCUUAAUCUUAUGAAAUAUCUUCGAACACCAAAAUUACAAUUUAUAUUCUACGAUCGUUUUAUUCGGUUUUACCGGGAAUUACGUGAUAGAAUGCGUACUAAUGAGGAAGUGGUAAAAAUGAAAGCUCGUGCACUACGUGAUAUGAAACAACAAACUUCUAUGAGUGAAGAAAAUCGUAAAAUUUAUUUAGAAGAACUAACAGCGCAAAAGAAUGCUUUUACACGUCAAGUUCAGUAUGAGUUUAUCAAAUUCCUUCAUGAGAGUAAAGACUAUUUACCACAGUCUCUCUAUCUACCGGACAUUAGUUCCCAUGUAAAACGUAACACAGCAACUUCAGCCUAA